AUGGCGGACGACACCCAAUACAAGGACGAGACCAGUGAUGCCACCUUCGACCAUGCUCCGGGCGGUCGCAAUCAGGGCGAACUCGAAAAGUCCGCCAAGGAGGCCCCGGCAACUAGCUCGAACAGCACCCCGGAUUACAUACCCGAGGGGUUCUCGAAGAAGGAUAUCGAGAAUAUGGGAGGAAGCUUGAAGGUACAUGUGAGGUUGGCGUUGAAGGCGGACAUUCGUAUUACUGCGGAAAUCAAGGGUGACAUCUGCAUUGGUAUCUUGUAA